CUCGGGCCUGCAGCCCUUCUUUCUGCGGGAGACGCGACUGUGCGCGUGGAGGUCUGCCCCCGCCGCUCCUGCUCCUGACUCACCGCUGUUCGCUCUCGCCGAGGAACAAGUCGGUCAGGAAGCCGCGCCUCAGCCAUGGCUUUUAAAGACACCGGGAAGACGCCUGUGGAGCCAGAGGUGGCGAUUCACCGGAUUCGCAUCACCCUCACCAGCCGCAACGUGAAGUCGCUGGAGAAGGUAUGUGCUGACCUGAUCCGAGGCGCCAAGGAGAAGAAUCUCAAAGUGAAAGGACCGGUGCGCAUGCCUACCAAGACUUUGAGAAUCACUACAAGAAAAACACCUUGUGGUGAAGGUUCUAAGACAUGGGAUCGCUUCCAGAUGAGGAUCCACAAGCGACUCAUUGACUUACACAGUCCUUCUGAGAUUGUCAAGCAGAUAACUUCCAUCAGUAUUGAGCCAGGAGUGGAGGUUGAGGUCACCAUUGCAGAUGCCUAAGUCAAACGUUUUUAAUAAAUUGACUUACUGAUUGUUUAA